CCGGUACUUGUAAAACGACGUACGUUACGUGGCCAACUAACCGCUAAUGCAGAAUACACAGAACAACACUAUCAAAUGCGUCAAGUCCUUGUCUGUGGAGCUGCAAAAUAUUUGUAAACUAACUAAUUUUGGAAUCGUUGGUUUACUAUUAUUUGUGAUUUUAUGCAAAAGAACAAUUCUUUAUAAGACUGCGAUUAUGUAUAUUUUCAUGCUGCUUCCUGGAAAUAUUGGACUCAUAUAAAACCUUCGUACUUCGUUGAUACUGGUGACAACAUUCAAUAUAAUGACCAAUUACGACUAUAUAGCCGUUGCUCAAAAAGCCGGUGAAGAGGAGUCUCAGAUAGAUUCUUCGCUUUGCUGUUGCGAGUACAUUGAUCGUGACAAACAGCGGUUUCACAUCCUGGGCUGUUGUUGUAACUGCGUGGAUUUGGAUACUGCCUUUACCGACUGUAUUACCUGCAACAAAGUAGACGCUUCUAAUAAGCGUAAUAUGCUUUUAACAUUCCAAGAUCGUUUGCGUUUACCGUGGAGAGGUGGUGCUAAACGAAUCUCAAUGGAGGCCAUUAUACCUGGUGCUGUAUAUCCCCUGGUUUUGGGUCUUGCCGCCCUUAACGAAGUAACAUCGUACAUAAUGUUGGGCUCAAUUAUUGUCUUCUUGGGAUACGCCCAUCAGUAUAUCAAACGUAACAAUGUAAAGACGAGAUUCUUUUACAUGUGGUUAUGGUGGUCAGUUGUGUAUAUGGUUGCGGGAUUGCAGUUUGCCGUGCCGCUAUUAGAAUUGCUACCAGAGGAAAAUUGCAUAUUAGUUCUAAUGGGCUGUGCAAGUGUCUACUUUAUGUGGCAAACAAAAAAACAUGCUGCUGCAUGCCAUGAUAUACCCAGUCGUUCGACAGAUGAUGAUUUGGCUGACAUUACCGAAGCAACUGCAGCGGAGGAGGAAGAGGAAGCUGCUGCCCACACUGCAUUGUUGAUAGAUAACGACUCGCCCAUAAGAUCUCAGAAGAAUAGGGCAAACUCUCACCAGACUAACAUGUGCCAUGUAUGUCGUAAAUACGUCUCGGCUCGUACUAUACAUUGUCAUGUCUGCAAUGCCUGCAUAAUGAUGCAAAGCCAUCAUAGCUAUUGGCUAGAUUGUUGUGUGGGACAAUAUAAUCUGCGAUACUAUAAUGCCGGCAUGGUUUUCAGCAUAUGCACCCUGUUCUUUGGAGUAUAUUUGACAUUGACAGCAAUUUGUCAUCCGCAACUUAUUGGUCGUAUUUGGAAUAUACCACUUAUGAUGCCAGACGAUUGCAGUGAAGUAUUUGAUGAGUAUACUUUGGGUACAUCGUAUGUAUUAUCACUGUAUGCCAUUAUAAUGAUCGUCUAUCAAUUGAUUAGCUUGAUAUUACAAGUCAUAAAAUGCACAAGAGGACCGAUGUUCUUUAUAUUCGGUGAUAUGUCCCAGCCAUUUUCCAAAUUCUAUAAAAAACUAAGCACAUAAACACAUGGAGUCACCAUGUACUGGGAAUUACAAGUAUAUAUACUACAAUAACAGCAAAGACAAAUUUUGGUCUAUCGUGGGAUUUUUAGUAAAAAGUAAUUUUCGGAAAAUGUUCAACAUGCCAAUUGUGCAUAUGAAUAUUUUAGGUCAAGUCGCAUACAGAUAUAUAAACUCAUUCUUAUAUUAAACCCACAAGACAGCCUAAAUUUUAUAAAAGAAAAUCAUACCAAAUAUAAGUUCAGUUCCGAAUUAAAUUCUAAAAUAUUAAAAUUCAAGCUACACAAUAUAUCUGACAACAAUAUUUUUUUUUAUGUGUUUAGCUAUUAAAUGUGUAUGUUUUAUAUAUAAAAGACUGCAUUGGUAAAUCGCAUGAUAUAAGAUUAUGGCUGCUGUAGUCGCAAAGAAUUCUAUCUUAGUGAAAUGCCAGAAAAAGUCAACCCCUUGCGAUCUUUGUAUUUACGUCGAAGCAAAGAUUGCGAGAGAAUGACACAUUUGCUAUAAAUUUAGAUUAUUUUUAAAUAUCAAUUCAACAAAAUAUGUUGUGUGUUGCCAAAUAUAUGAAUGAGAAUAAUCACGAAUAGUUGCAAAACGAAAUCUAAGUCUAGAAAGAAAUGAUCAUGUUGCACGGUAGAUGCCAAGCAUAAAAUAAUGAUCUGUAAUAAUCAAAAUAAACCAAAAAAACGGUCUACAUAAUUUGGAACUGAACAAUAAAAUCCUUUGUUUAAAACAUAAAUAUGUAAUAACACCAAAAAUUCCUUCCAAUUGCUCAUAAAUACUUUAUGAAUUUAAAUGGGAAUCUGAAUUGAAACACUAUGCUAUCGUAUUUAUAUGGACUUAAAAAGUAGUAGUAAUUAACAUAAGUAUUCUUCAACUCUACGCACUAUUUAUUAUAUUUAAAAAAUAAAAUAAACGUUUUGUGAUCUAAA